CUUUUAUAGGGACAACAGAGAACUGUUGUGGUAUCAUCUGGCUUAGGUGUAAUGGGAGCUACAGGAGUACUUCUCUGUGUUGUCUUACACUUCCUCCAGAUGGUAACACAGAGUUCAGAAAAAUUCACAGUGACUGGCUUACAGAGGCCAGUCUUGGCACCAUUGGGUGGAAAUGUUGAACUGAGUUGUCAGUUGUCUCCGCCACAACAAGCACAGCAUAUGGAGAUUCGUUGGUUUCGAAAUCGCUAUAGAGAGCCUGUGUACCUGUACAGGAAUGGUAAAGACCUGCAUGGAGAAACUAUCUCCAAGUAUGUGGAGCGGACUGAACUCCUGAAAGAUGACAUUGGAAAGGGGAAGGUGACCCUCAGGAUCUUUAAACUGACAGCUGAUGAUGAUGGGUCAUACCACUGUGUCUUCAAAGUUGGAGAGUUCUAUGAAGAGCAUAUCACAGAAAUCAAGGUCACAGCCACAAGCUCAGUCAUGUACAUUCUAAUGCAGCCCCCUAAUAUCAAAGGUGUGAUGUUGGAGUGUCAUUCAGGAGGUUGGUUCCCACAGCCUCAUAUGGAAUGGAGAGACAACAAGGGAAAUAUCAUUCCAGCUACAUCAAAGGCCCAUUCACAGGAUGAAAACAAAUUGUUCAACAUGACAAUGACCCUUCUUAUUGAAGCCAGCUCCCACAGGAGUAUCACUUGCUAUCUUCAAAACCUUCUAACUCACCAAGAAGAAAGCAUAAGUAUUGUCCUAUCAGGUGAACUAUUUUCAUGGAAACGUGUUUGGAUAAUGAUUCUGACUACAAUAGGAUUCAUGAUGAUAGCCUUCUGCAUGACUUAUUGUGUUCAGCAACAUCUCUUAUAUGGUACCUUCUCUAAGGGGAAAUGUCAUUGGUUAAAGAGUACAAUGAUAUUCAUGUUUUCAGUGAUUGCAGUUACAGGAGUCAUGCUCAUUUUGCAUCUAAAACAAAGAGUCCCAGUUUCAGAUCAACAUUUUGAAUUGGACACUUUGUGGCUUGAAGAUAUUAGUGUGAUCCUGUGUGUGCUGAUCGUGUUUAUCAUCAAGCUCAUUUCAUUUAUUUACUUCAGAUUAGAAGGUUUGACUGCUAUCACCAGGAGAUCAUCAGGGGUGGAGUCUGCCACCCUAUCUUUCUGCCACUCCCACUGCUGCUAUCUGCCGCCUAGCUGUUCCAGAGUAUUCACGUGGUCACCUGCAGCUGGACUCCGAAGAUGAUUUGGCCGGAAUGGGCCCCUCCCCCUUCUUCAUAACCCCGUGUUUCUGAAUAGUAAAAUUGAGCUUUGAUCAGAA